GCUGGGGACUCCCGGGCUGGGGAAAGACAUUGCACUCGUCAAAUAGCGCUCUAACGGUGCGGACCAGCCUCGGCGACAGCAGCUCAAGUCACCCGAGCAGAACCUCGCGGAGAAGGGCCGGCUCAUCGAGAGGGCGUCAGCGGGACCAUGGAGAACCGAUUCACAUAUGAAGAUUGUAAGAACACUGCAGAGUGGCUCCUGUCCCACACCAAGCACCGACCUCAAGUGGCAGUGAUCUGUGGUUCUGGGUUAGGAGGCCUGACCAAUCAAUUAACUCAGGCGCAAGCCUUUGACUACAGUGAGAUACCAAACUUUCCCCAAAGUACAGUGCCAGGUCAUGCUGGUCGACUGGUGUUUGGGGUCCUGAAUGGCAAAGUCUGUGUGAUGAUGCAGGGCCGGUUCCACAUGUAUGAAGGCUACCCACUCUGGAAGGUGACCUUCCCAGUGAGGGUUUUCCACCUUCUGGGUGUGCACACCCUGGUGGUCACCAAUGCAGCUGGAGGGCUCAACCCCAAGUUUGAGGUUGGAGACAUCAUGUUGAUCCGCGAUCACAUCAACCUACCUGGUUUUGGGGGUGAGAACGCUCUGAUAGGGCCCAAUGAUGAGAGGUUUGGAGUUCGUUUUCCUGCCAUGUCUGACGCCUACGACCGGGAGAUGAGGGAGAAGGCUCACAGUGUCUGGAAACAAAUGAAGGAGCAGCGAGAGCUACAGGAAGGCACCUACGUUGUGUUGGCAGGCCCCAACUUUGAGACUGUGGCAGAGUGUCGUAUGCUGAAAAUGCUGGGUGCAGAUGCUGUCGGCAUGAGUACAGUACCAGAAGUUAUAGUGGCAAGGCACUGUGGACUUCGAGUCUUUGGCUUCUCCCUCAUCACUAACAAGGUCGUCACAGAUUAUGAAAGCCGAGAGAAAGCCAACCACUUGGAAGUGCUAGAGGCCGGGAAGCAAGCUGCGCAGAAACUGGAACAGUUUGUCUCCAUUCUGAUGGCUAGCAUUCCUGACCCUGCUUGUUAACCAGCCCUGGGAUGGUCUGGCCUCUCCUUUAUGGGAUCCAAGCAGCUGCUUGCUGUCUACUUUGGCCCCUUGCUGCGGUCACGUGCCUCUGCCCUCAGCUAGUAGCAGAAAAGAGGAAAAUUCCUGUUCUUCACCUUCCACCGACUUUUCCCACCACACUUUUCUGGUGCUGAGUCCUCUUGCUCAAUUGUCUUCUCCAAACAGUUUCCACUGCCGUUCUUUCACAGGAGCCGGAGCCCAAACCAAGCCCUACUUCACAUCCAUGAUAUUCACAGCAUUUGAUGUGUUCUUGACCCAUUAGUAGUUUCUGCCAGCUUUUUGAGAUAAUGCUCUCACAUUCCGGGGGGUUCAGUUCAACCUCCCCAAAGUAUAAGUAACCACACAAGGACCACCCCAAUAUUUCUUGUACUUUGAUAUUAUCAUACCUGUAUUUUUAGAAUAAAGAGAAAAAUGAAAUAA